GUCAACACAGCCGUCCAUCCACCUGUCCACCCAUGCACCACGCCGAUCAAUUUCAUUUGCCUGCACUGCGAUCCGUCCGUCCAUGCACUGCUGUGCAUCAUUCAUUUCCCUGAUCAUGCGACGCAGCUCAGUUGUUUAAAUCGUUUAUGUAGUCAUAUGUCAAGGCAUCCUCUUCACAUUGUCAACACAUGAAGAAGACACAGAAUGCAUGUCUGAUGGACAAGAAUACAUGAUGGCAGGGACGACAGUCAAGCUCUAUCGAUAGAACGCCUCCCCUCUCCUCCCACAUUUCCCUUUCGUGCAAUGCGUGAUGCGCAUGAGAGAGGACCGACGCGUCGCUGUCUCACUGAAGGCGCUACAAGUGCUCAAGGCACGACAGCCCGCCCAAGUGAAAGUCGACAAUCGCAGUAUAUUAACAAUAUACAAAGGAAGGCAAAGACAGGCAGGCAGGCAGACGGCCGGACAGGCGAACGGGCACUUGACAUGCAGGCCAAACAAAUCGCUAAGAAACUUGGUUGGAUGGCACUGGCCAUCCAACUCGCCAAUAGGCCUGAUGGAAUGGGCUGCCAGAAGGGGGUGUACGAUUUACUGCCUGACUGCAUGUCCGGCGAUCCAUACACAUACGAAUUCCUAGCUUACAAGACACAAGCAUCAUGCACAAUACGACAUGAUUGACAUCAUACUCUCUCACCGACGGCUUUACAAGCACUCAAGGCACGACAGCCAACCCACGAAACACGACAUCAGGAAAAGCGACAGGCACUUCACGAGCAGUCGAGAAGGCAUGCAGGGCAUCUGAUUGGAUGCCCCUCCCGACAGACAAGAGGACAUGAAGUGGAUAAAAUCACAGACAGCAACGACAGAAGGCCGUGGCGAUACAACAUAUGUCAUUCCCUGGCACCCAGUCAGCUAAGCAAGCGAGAUCAUCCCCGACUGUCGUGGAAUUAAAUACCUUGACUGAUCGUCCCUCAUGAGAUCGCGCGCCCGCUCGAGAGCUUCCUCAAUCACACGUCUCUCAGUGCUACCCGCGUCAGCAUAUUGGCUGCGCGCAUCUGCUGCCAGCUGAUCGAGAUGCGUCUGGAUGAUAUUGAAACGCCUCCCAAAUUCCGCUGCGCUUGGUGGUGGUGAGCCGAUGGAAGUAUUGCUGUGCCCAUUCUUGGCUCGGAUGCAAAUGAAGCCGAGGUCAGCCAGCAUGUCGAUCGACCGCUCCAUGACGAAAAGGUCCUUCUGGCAGUAGAAACGCAGGCUGUGCAUGCACAGGGCGAGCAGCUCCUCGAAAGACCAUGAGCGCAUUGCGACGUAGAGUCUCUGAAAUACACAUACACAUACACGCACACCCACACACAUACGCUAGCAUUGCAUGACUGCUUUUCCCCCUCUUGUGCAAACGUACCCCGCCGAUUCUGACGAAGUGAUGGUGGAGCUUGUUGCGUACGAUGUCCUUGAAGAGCUCGCUGAUGCGGUCGAUAGCGCUGACUGCUGCAUGGGGGUCGUUGACUGACGAAGUCAUAACGCGAACGGCGAUCUCCGUGAUCUCACGAACUGACCGCAUCGAUAAAGAAGGCAAGAGUGCAUGUAGCCAGCCGUCUCGUCUGGUAUGGUCUGUCUGUCCGGCUGGCUGUCCGGCUGGCUGGCCCACCUCCGAAUGAGAUGCUCUCGCCACCGCGAUCUUCCCUACUCACACGAAGGGCCCGGUUUACCAUCCUUGUCACACGGUGCAGCUGUUCUUCGCCUCUCAUGUUACCGGAGCUAGCAACUGAAGUCGAACUCGAACUGUCGUUCUCGGGAUGCACUCGAACCCAUGCCUGAGCACAAAUACAGGGGUAGACGCAUAACAGCGACGAGCAGAGCCACACUUCACUUACCAGGACGGUUCCCUCUGUGACAAACGUCCCCUUCAUGACACGACGGCUGACGCACAGCUGGAGAGGCGGCCGCUCCUUCCGCAGCUGAUGAGCCAGCCAAUGUAAGUCGGCCGAGCAGAUGUAGCCACUGCGCUUGGCGAGGAUGAUAUCUCGAUGUCCGGGGGCAAACUCAUCCAGUGGCUCGAUCUCAUCGCUCUCUCGCGGCGGCUCGAUGGUUUGCCGUCUGAAGGAGGUCGCACUCUUCUUGACCCAUCCCGUGAUCUCCAUAAUCCAAUGACAAAACCCCUCCUCAACCGACCAAUUGGCCUCGCGCAAUGAUCGCUUAUUCUCCUGGACAAUGUUGCGAAGGAUGUGCUGCAGAUGAAGGCCGCACAGAAAGCUGAGGACACGAAGAACACAUGGACAGGAAACCGUUUCUGCUUGGUAUCACACGCCUGCGUACUUGUGCAUGAAGAAAAUCAACAGCCACAAGAACAAGAUGCUAUCUGCAAAGGACAGAACACGCAAACGUACUUGCGGCAUUCCGUUUGUCGCCUCUACUGCUGGUUGCUUACAGAGGCCCAGGAUAUCGACGGCCCACUCAGGUGUAAACGGAUCUUCCUCCUGCUCGCCUGGAGCCUCGCCGCCGACGAAGAAGAUGACAGUCAUACAGUAGGCGAAGAAGCCGAUGAAAAUACUACACAGACACAUACACAGACAACGAACAGCAAAGUGGGCCAUCUCUUUUUUUUGGAAUGCCCAGCAUUUAGUCACUCACCUGAGGCAGCGGACGUUCGCUGAGCUUCGCAU